GUAACACUGAGCUCUUCAAUAGAGUCUACCAUAUGAUCUACUCUAUCACGAAGAUUGGCCUCUCAUGAGUUGAGCGAUAUUUCAUUCUUUGGGGUUCGAAGCUCUGGAUGAGCCCAUCAGCGUGGAAGUUCUUCCCGCUCUAUGAAACUCUACGAUUGCCCUCCUGUACUGCGAACGGACAUUUUAUUCUCCCCAGCCCUGGACCAGGCGCUUUGUUUUUGGUCAUACCAUAUUAGACAGUUGAAAAAGGAGGAGGGUAUCACACAGGACGGUUCAGAACAUCCACAGCGAGCGAGUGAGCAGGUUGGUAGUUGAUCAGCAAAACGCCAUACGGGAUGCGAAUUGCGCCACUCUAUUUUCCAUACAUCCAAGUCUCCACAGCAUUGUUAUAUCUUUUUCUCUCGUAUAAGCGAGUCUUAUAGAUCAAUGACGCCUGACAAUCCCUAUACUUAUCUAGCUGCACAGGGUCUAGUCGCCGUCGAAACAAAAAACACAGAGUUGACCAGGUGUUGGGGUUUGCAUAAAUCUACAAGUCUAUUGACACCGACACUCUCCGCCCUGAGCAACUUCAGGCCACCCUCACCCACGCCAGCACAAUGUCUGCCCGCGCCAACGAGUUCAUCGCCGAGACGCUGGCCCAAUACACACCCCGUGCCGCGAACUAUGAUCUCUCCAACGGUGGUUGGCACGUGGAACUAAGCCGAGACUUCGUUAAGUGGCUGCCUCCUCCCAAGGCCGGCGCCGUUCUCGACCUCGCAUGCGGCACCGGCCUGGUCACAAUACCUCAAGCUGAGGCAGUCGGAUCCAGUGGCGUCGUCGUCGGCGUCGACAUCACUGAGGCCAUGCUCAACGAAGCCAAACGCAAACCACUCCCCGAGGGAAGCGGAGAAGUGAAGUGGGUGUUGGGAGACAUCACUGACCUUUCCUCCUUGGAGGAAGUGCAAAAGGUAUUGAAGGAAAGGGGAGGUUUUGAUGUCAUUUCAUGCUGUUCCGCGUUCGUCUUGCUCGAGGAUCCCGCAAAGGUGAUCAAACACUGGGCAACCUUUUUAAAGCCCGGCGCCGGGAAGUUGAUCGUCGACGUCCCCACGGAGGAUCGCAGCUUGCAGUACCUGCUCAACUACCCACUCCGGCGCGCGCUGGGGAAAUCCAUGGUCUACGACUUCGACUGGAUAGAAGGUAUCUCCACCUUACAGAAGCUGUUUGAAGAUGCCGGGCUGGAAAUUGAAAAGUCUUUUCGCACGAGGAGCUACGUCCCUGAGAAAUGGUACGGCGCGGAUCAGGCGAUGGACGCGCUGGAAGAGAAGACGAGUCAGAGUGGGCUGUGGAAGGCCAUUUUUGACGGGAUGGAGGUAGACGGAGGCGCCGAAGCCGUUGACAAGGCUAGGCGGGAAUGGGUGCGGAUUUGGAAAGACCAUCUCGACCACGACGGGAAAUUGUGGGACGGGCAUGCUUUGUAUGUUUCGAUAGGACGGAGGAGGGAGUGAGGUAUCGCUACGUACGGACUAUCGAAGCAACGAGUGGUGCAGGAAGUAUCCUUCCACCGACUCAUCGUCGAACAAACACCACGCCCGCAUCUUCAGGUCGACGCAUCUUCGGCGUGAUGACGUUCAUCGAGUCCUCUAGCACCUCCAACAACGCCGAGCUGGCCUGCUCUUCCGUCGUCAUUUUCCCUUCCAUGAUCAGCGGCUUCAGGCGAUAUUCUCUCAACAGCGUCGAUAUCACGGCCACGAACUCGACCUGGCUGAACUUCUUCCCUGGGCAGACCCUAGGUCCAACACUCCACGGCACAAACGCCGCGCCCGGCGGAGGAUGGGCGAUGGACUCCUUUCCCGUCGCCGGGUCGGCUACUAUCCAGCGUCGUGGGUUCCAUUUGAGUGAGUCGUCGCCCCACCAGCGGGGGUCGCUGUGGACGGCGUAGAGAUUCAGCGACACAUAUGUCUCGACGGGCACCAUGAUCUCUUGGCCGUUGACUCGGAUGGCGUGUGGUUGACCGACGCACCACCGCUCCGUACUAGGUACCGGUCCCCAGAGGCGAAGGGUUUCAUACUGAGGUCUGUGAGCUCGCAAAUGUGGGUUCGGAUAGAUUCAACGUACCAUCAGCGCCAGGCACCUCACAAGUUGUGGAAAUACUCCUUCAUAGUCGAGCUUUUCAGCGUCUCUCCCUUUCAGCACGGUGUCCACUUCGUCGCCGACCCAGUCCUGGAUCUCACGAUUGGUGGCCAAGAACGGUAUCGUGUAUGUCAGUGCGUUUGCGGUUGUUUCGAAGCCAGCUAAGUUGAAGAUGUACAAGUUACCCAAUAAUUCGGAGUCACUGAGGUACAUCGGUUUCCCC